GGGCCACCUUCUGGUACUGAAGGGUCUGCGUUUGUGCCCAUGAGAUGCUUGUCAAGGGCCGACUUCUUUUUGCACCAAGUUCCCUCAAACGAGGAAAGGCGAAAUAGAAACACAGCGUUCAGGGAAAACUCAGCAGCUUGUACAACGAGGUAAGAAAUGAUUUAUCCGAAACGUUAACGGAAUUUCUCUCUCUUAACUAAUGGAAUAUUGUGGACACUGUGUUUUUGUUUUUCAGUCAUUCCGGUGUGUAACUAUUGGCAGGACCUGUGGGAUAAUUCUCCGACCUGAAUACGUGUGGUAUAUCAUAUUAGUUCCACAGAGACAUGCUUUCAUACUGUAAGGCAAGAACUCUGACAUUUCCUUGUGAGAACGUCACCUCUCUUCCUGCUCCACCACUUGCAGAUUUCUCACAAGAUAACUACACGUAGGGAGGGUUGUUCAUUCUAUCUCACUGACAGUACAAAAUAAGAAUCGGAAAUGUGCAGCAAGCAAACAGGAUGGCAAAUGAUAUACUGACCCUUUAAGAGAAUAUUUGAGGCCAGUUGUAAGUAUAAAAACAGCUCUGCAAAAUGGACUUCACAGAGGCAUACUCUGAUACCUGUUCAGCAGCUGGACUUGCUGCAAGGAAGGGAAAUGUAGAACUUUUGAAAGCACUGAUCAAAAAAGGUCACAGCCUUGACAUUGCAGACAACCGUGGUUGGUAUCCAAUCCAUGAGGCUGCAUCACACAAAACAUUGAAAUGUUUGAGACUUUUACUACAAGCAGGUUCAUUGACAUCAGGUGUAGAAUUGAAGACUUUCGAAGGUGAAACAGCUCUUCAUCUUGCUGCUAAACAUGGUCAUUUAAAAAUCGUCCAGAUUCUGCUACAGGCUGGAGCAAAUCCAAAUGCCAUCACUAAUGAAAAUGUAACUCCACUUUUUUUAGCAACAGAGAAGGGUCACAUUGCAGUUAUAAGGACGUUGUUAAAAUAUGGAGCAAGAAUUAAUGGAUCCCAUUCAGCAUGCUUAUGGAGUGUUGUGCACCAAGCUGCUUAUCAGGGACACUUAGAAGUAUUGAAGUUCUUACUUGAAAAAGGGGCUGACAAAGAAUCUAUGGAUGACUAUGGAAUUACACCAUUGUUUCUUGCUGCACAGUAUGGGAAGCUGGAAAGUUUACGAAUCCUAGUACAACAUGGUGGUAAUGUUAAUUGCCAGACUUAUGAUAAGGCCACACCAUUGUUCAUAGCUGCUCAGGAAGGCCAUGUGGAAUGUGUUGAAUUGCUGCUGUCACAUGGGGCUGAUGCAAACCUUUAUUGCAAUGAAGAUAAUUGGCAGUUACCUAUUCAUGCUGCUGCCCAGAUGGGUAAAGUCAAUGUGCUGGAAUUUCUAAUACCGAUCACUGACCGAAUAUGUGAUAAAGGGGCAAGUAAAGUGAGCCCUGUCUAUUCAGCAGUGUAUGGAGGACACCAAGAAUGCUUGAAGAUGCUGCUGCAAGUGGGCUACAGUCCUGAUGCUCAAGAGUGUCCAUUGUAUGACUGCCUGUCACCCUUGUGCAUGGCUCUCUCUCAGAGAUUUUCUGCAAUUCCCAUUCUCCUGAAAGCUGGAGCUGUUGUAACAGGUCUUCAUUAUUCAUAUUGUCUACAAUAUCAGUACUUCCACUUACUGCAGUUUCUUCUGGAACAAGGCUACUCAUUACCAUCAGGCAGUCAUUUAGCUGGCAUUAUAAAAUAUGGAUUAUUAUCAGAACAACAGUUUAAGCACUGGUUACCUCACCUUUUAUUAGCUGGAUUGAAUCCUGUGGAUUUGCUUAGUGAAGCUUGGCUAAAUACAGCUGGCGACAGCAUGCUUAAUUUUACACUUGAGUUUACAAACUGGAAAAGGCUUCCUCUGGUUGUGGCCCAAAUACUUCACUGUCGCAUCACAACCUCUAGUUGGGUUGAACAGACACAGUUUGAUAAUAUUCCUCCUCUGACACACCUCAGUCGUUUGAAAAUUCGAUCAACACUGAAAAGUGAACGUCUUCGUUCUGAUAAAUUUAUUCGCCAGUUACCACUCCCAUCUUGUCUGCAUGACUUUCUUCUUUACAAGGAUGUAUUGAAAUUGUAUGGAAUUCCUGAAAUUUCAGAGAAUCGAGAAGAAAUGGAAGCAUUAAAGAGUUAUGUUGAAAAUUCAGAAAAUUGAUUAAAGAAAACAUCAGAUAUGGAAGGUAAUAAGUUCAAAGAUGUGCUAGGGCAGUCACAAGUGUCACCAUGCAUUCUGGUGUAGCAUAACAUCCCCACAGUGUUCAGGUGAACAACACAAGCAGCAAUAACAACAGCAAUAGAACAAAACAAAACCGCAAAACAAGCCCUUUCCCACCGUCCCAUCAUUGCACCUCCUCAUGCACAAUCAGGCAGGCCUCCAGUCCCAAGGCAGGCUGCCUCCAGUACUUGGCACUGGAUUCUCAGAGUUGUUGACCUGGACUCGCAGGCUCAACCUUUAGGCCUCUGCCUCUGGAUUCGCUGUCUUCUGUCUUCGAACUUUGGGUUUUCUACCUCUAGACUUGCUGAGCUGUGGACUGUGAUCUUUGGCUUUGCCCUUUUGACUACCGACCUCUGAGUAUUGACCCCAGGACUCUCCGGAUCACUGUUUUGACCUUUAAGCCCUGACCGAUCCUACCUCAACUUCCAGACUCUCACAGACCACCGAUGCCAUUCUCUGUGUUUUUAAAAAAAAAAAUGCCUUGCAAAUCUAAAUUAAACUUUUUCCUUUUCCUUAAUCCCACAUUUGUUCAACACCCGCUUGUAUGGCAUUUGUCGGCCUUAUCAUGAGGCCUGACUGGCUGUUUGACAAUGAUAAUAAUUACAGUCAAGAAUAAUUCUGUUUUCAGCUAGCAUGUCCACCUACAGCAAGGUGUUGCAGUAUGCUUGUGGGCUGAAAGCCAAUUCUUCCCUUUUACAUAGAGACAAAGCAAACAAAAGCAUACAAAUUUAUAUGGAACCUGACAAGAUCAAAACAGGAAUAAUUUCCUUCUGUUUUACAAUUGAUAGUAAGCUGGAGAGUCAUAGAAACAUAUAGCAUUGAAAUAGGCUCUUGGAUGCACCGUCCAUGAUAUCAUAUUCAUGACUGAGAUGAGGUGAAUUUUCUUCACCCAGACGACAGUGAAUCUUAAGGAUUCUCUUCUGUUGAGGGUUGGAGAGGGUCUGUACUGACUAUAUUCAAAGAUAGAAAUAAAUAGACUUUUGGAUAUUAAGGAAAUCAAGAACUAUGGUAGCAUAGUAGUUAGCACGGCACUCUCACAGCUCGGGGCAUUCGGGAGUUCAGAGUUCAAUUCCAGCGGCGUCUGUAAGGAGUUUGUACGUUGACUCGUGAACUGCGUGGGUUUCUUUUGGGUGCUUCUGUUUCAUCCCACAGUCCAAAGAUGUACUGAUUAGUGGGUGAAUUGCUCAUUAUAAAUUGUCCUGUGAUAAAACUAGUUUUAAAUAGGUGGUUCCACAUUGUAUCUCUAAAUAAAUAAAUAAAUAAAUAAAUAGACUGAUAAAUGAAUUCAGAAAACUAGUUAGCCAUACAGAACUAAACAAACCAUGUCAAUGCCCAUCUUUGCUAAAGGGAUCUUCCUGCAUGGGCAACCCCAGACUUCCCUCCUGGACUCUUGAAUGCUGGAGUGGUAGACAUUGUACUGUCACCAUCCAAAUGUCCAUCAUAUUGAAUAAAAUUGCAGAAAGCUCUUUGCCCUGAUUCACUUCCUUAUAACCAUAUAACAAUCACAGCACAGAAACAGGCCAUCUCGGCCCUCCUAGUCCGUGCCGAACUCCAUCUCACCUAGUCCCACCUACCCACACUCAGCCCAUAACCCUCCACUCCUUUCCUGUCCAUGUACCUAUCCAAUUUUACCUUAAAUGACACAACUGAACUGGCCUCUACUACUUCUACAGGAAGCUCAUUCCACACAGCUAUCACUCUCUGAGUAAAGAAAUGCCCCCUCGUGUUUCCCUUAAACUUUUGCCCCCUAACUCUCAAAUCAUGUCCUCUCGUUUGAAUCUCCCCUACUCUCAAUGGAAACAGCCUAUUCACGUCAACUCUAUCUAUCCCUCUCAAAAUUUUAAAUACCUCGAUCAAAUCCCCCCUCAACCUUCUACACUCCAAUGAAUAGAGACCUAACGUGUUCAACCUUUCUCUGUAACUUAAGUGCUGAAACCCAGGUAACAUCCUAGUAAAUCGUCUCUGCACUCUCUCUAUUGAUAUCUUUCCUAUAAUUCGGUGACCAGAACUGUACACAAUAUUCUAAAUUUGGCCUUACCAAUGCCUUGUACAAUUUCAACAUUACAUCCCAACUUCUGUACUCAAUGCUCUGAUUUAUAAAGGCCAGCGUUCCAAAAGCCUUCUUCACCACCCUAUCUACAUGAGACUCCACCUUCAGGGAACUAUGCACUGUUAUUCCUAGAUCUCUCUGUUCCACUGCAUUCCUCAAUGCCCUACUGUUUACCCUGUAUGUUCUAUUUGGACUAUUCCUGCCAAAAUGUAGAACCUCACACUACUCAGCAUUAAACUCUAUCUGCCAACGUUCAGCCCAUUCUUCUAACCGGCAUAAAUCUCCCUGCAAGCUUUGAAAACCCACCUCAUUAUCCACAACACCUCCUACCUUAGUAUCAUCGGCAUACUUACUAAUCCAAUUUACCACCCCAUCAUCCAGAUCAUUUAUGUAUAUUACAAACAACAUUGGGCCCAAAACAGAUCCCUGAGGCACCCCGCUAGUCACCGGCCUCCAUCCCGAUAAACAAUUAUCCACCACUACUCUCUGGCAUCUCCCAUCUAGCCACUGUUGAAUCCAUUUUAUUACUCCAGCAUUAAUACCUAACGACUGAACCUUCUUAACUAACCUUCCGUGUGGAACUUUGUCAAAGACUUUGCUGAAGUCCAUAUAGACUACAUCCACUGCCUUACCCUCGUCGACAUUCCUCGUAACUUCUUCAAAAAAUUCAAUAAGGUUUGUCAAACAUGACCUUCCACACACAAAUCCAUGCUGGCUACUCCUAAUCAGAUCCUGUCUAUCCAGAUAAUUAUAAAUACUAUCUCUAAGAAUACCUUCCAUUAAUUUACCCACCACUGAUAUCAAACUGACAGGUCUAUAAUUGCUAGGCUUACUUCUAGAACCCUUUUUAAACAAUGGAACCCUUCUUUAUAUAGAGUGGUUCUCUUUUAGCUUUGUUGCCUUUUAUUGUGAUGUAUGGGUUAAACUUUAAGACAGUGAUGAAGUCUGUAAAAUGUUUACACCCACAUGACCAAACACCUUAAUAUGUUUUUGUUGCAAAUAAUCAAAUGGCUUGAUGAAAUUAAAAAUGACAGCAAGGUCUUUUCAUUGCUCUAGACACCUGUUAAUGACUUAUGACUGUGAUAUUUUGAUCAUAAUUGGGGGUCAUCUUUAAAUACUCCUGUAGUUAUUCAGAGUCAUAUCAACCAAUCUUCCAGCUAUUAAUUUUUUUGAAAAAGUCCAGAGUUAACACAAACUAAUAGUUACCAGCUUUCAGUUAUCAAUGGUUUGAAACUUAAUUCAGUCAUUUUGACUUGAGGGUGACUUUAAUUGAUGUAAUCUGGAACCUUAACACAUUUAAUCUGCGAGAAAUAAAGCUGUGUUGUGACUGUAGUUGACUUUCAUGACUUCAUCAAAAGUCAUGCAGUCCCACUUGGCAGCAGGUUUGUUUUUAUCAAGUCACACUGAUGAUUACUAAUAAAUUCUCAUGCCUAGCUCAAGAUGAGCAAGGGCUAAACGUAACUUUUUCAGUCUUGUUGAAAAUUUCUGUAGACAGAAACCUACAACAAAGCAAAUAAAGUUAAGUCUGUAGGUUUUUAAUGAAUAUCAAUUUCCAAAGCAUAGGUCAAAUUAACAUGGCUCCAUUUUAAAUGCUUAGUUUCUUUCAACAUCAUGUAUUUAUCCUUGCGGUUGGUAGAUCUGUUCCUCAUACCUGAAUUGAAGAUCUUUUUCCUCUUUCAACUACACAAUUCUUGCCCCAUACAUGAUGUCUUCCCACAGUUUGUUGUUCUGGCCACAUCACUAACAUGCAUGUUGUCUUGUUUUGCUUCCUACAUUUGUCUUGUUACUCAGAAAGCCUACGUUGUUGAGAAACUGUAAGAUGGAAAAUCUGCUGCUGUUGGUGCUACCUAUGCUAGAACUAUUAUUGUCAUCAGUCUUGCAGGAAUUAACAUACACUUUAACAUUUCUGAUUAUACCACUGGAGCCAGCACUGCAAAACCAGUAACCUUGGUUGCUGCAUUAUCUUUGUCCUGUCUUCCUUAAUGGUAUUUAAUUUGGUACAAGCAAUUGCAUGGUAUUCUCUAACUUUUCCAAAUUUGGCACUUCGCACCCUAAUAGGCAUACCAAAAUGCGCCCUCUCAAAAUGCUUCUGAAAAACAUUAAAAGCUACAAAGCCCUCUUUACAUAAGUUACAUCUAAAUAUAGGAUAUUCUUUCCCAUUCUCAGUUGACCUGACACUACUUUCAGGAUUAAAUUUCAUUGCACAUCUGUGGUCCUUUGCAAGUCAUCCCUUAGUUAAAUAGGUUUUUUAAAACCUGGGGAUUUAAAACAUUUGAAAUCACCAAAUAAAAUGCUAGAACUAUUCCAGGGUUAGCCAUCUAAAAAGGUACAAAUAUCAAAAUCUCAAUUACAAAAGAAAAAUGUGUUCUACAGAACUGUCUUCGUCACCGGCAUCUACAAUCUCAACCUUUUUUAAUAGCUUUGGGUACUAAAAAUCUAUUACAAUCACAUCAUCCUUGAAAGUUUGCAGGAGGCCAAAUGGCAUCUACUUGUUUCCAUUUCUAAUGUUCUUAAGAAGGACAAUCUGGGCUUAAUGCUGGAUAUUUGUUGAUAAUCAUAGUUUAGUUAAUUAUUAGACAUAAAAUAGGAAGAAGCUCUUUGGCCUUUCUCGUUGCUGUACUUGCUACUUGGGAAAAAUAAUAUUUGGUUAGUCCCACAUCACUGUUCUUACAUUUUAAUUAUAAAAUUUAAAUAUU